CAUUAAAAAUAUAAGCACUUCCUCCACUGCAGCUGCUGGGACCAGAUGAAAUCCACUCGGGCAGCGUUCAACAUCAACUCCGAUCCUACAAAUCUUCGGCGCUGUAAUCUCUAGAGCAACACUAAAAGACGGAAAUGAGUGUUCAGCGGGGAAAGAGGCGAUAAAGCCACAGAUGGGCUGGGGUAUGAGAGGGGCGCGGCGGAUUCGCAGGAAAUUCGGAAUGGCCUGGAUUGAUUGGAUCUCCAUGAUUAUUUCCAGGGAUCGGGAUCACUACAGACGGGGUGUCAGAGUUGAUAACUUGGAAAGGAGUAAUGGUGAAGCUUUCUCAGCGCGAUUUUCCUGCAGUCGACUCUCUCACCCACACAUACACUCACAUGCGAUCUUGGAUCUUCAUCUGUCUCCUCUCUCCUGCGGGAACAGGAAGAAAUAAAGCCCUGGAGGGCAGGAGCUCCUGAGAUGACGAUCCAUCAUGGCACGCUCCUCUGUUUGGGCGUCUUGCUGAUGACCUCCGGGGGAAUCAUGGUCUUUAGCUAUGGCAUGAACCACACAACAGUCCCACUGGUUGUACUUGGGAUAUUUCUGGGUAUGGGGGGUCUGAGCCUGGUGGUGGCAGGAGUUUGCAUGGCUAAGAAGAAUUUCCAAGUAGGAGUGCCAGGACAUUUUCUCCUGCACCCCCCUACAGGCACACGCUUCAGUCCACAGCAGGCCCUGGCCAUACAAAGGAGGUUGGACCGAAUCCGUCGGGAGAUUUCAGCCGACGCCGUCAGUACAUCACCGGAGCCCGAACCCUCCCUACCCUCCACCCCGCCUCCCUGGACUAUGGAGCCGCCUCCUUCAUAUGACACAGUGAUGAAGAGCCAGGAGCACAGCGAGCAGAUAAACCAUGGGCACAGUGAACAGCUGAACGAUGAGCACAACGAUGAGCACAAUGAGGAGCAACAUUUUGAACACACUGAAUAUAUAAAUGAAGAGUACAGCAGGCAAGUUUGAAUUCUGUUGGACAUCCUAAACUCCCUUCAGUGCCUACUGUUCUUCAAAGCGAGAGCUCAGACUAAACCUUCAGUGCUAUGGAUGAACUCACAGCUGCAAACCAUCUCUGUGCCUUGAAACUGUUCCGAUCAAGAUUCAGUUUUGCUCAGGCUUCCUGUGUAAGGUUAGACCAUAAGGACCAGAGGAGUGCAGUGGACAUUAUUGAGUCCAACGACCUAAAGGCUGUUAGAAAAUGCUAAUUUUAGGUAUAUAUAUUAACUUUUCUUCCUUUAUAAGCCACUGUUUAACUACAAGAAAUAAAUAAGUUCAAUUUUAUUUAUCUUGAACAGACCUACUGCUAAAACAUAUAUUGCUUUUGAUUAACUAGUGGCGCAACUCAUAUUCAGUUUCAUAUUUUCUCCACGUCAUUUAAUUAAUGCAGUUAUUCAUUUUUUUAUUUUUUAUUUUUUUUAUUUCCCUUACUUGCUUCAUUCUGGCCUGGAAUCCAGCAGUUCUCAAAAGCGUCCUCUCCCCUGUCGAAAUAUCAGGAUUCUAAGAUGUAAAGACAUGAGACCAUGAUAAGUAUUUCCAGCCACAUAUAAUGUGACAUACAGUAUAUCUUGUAUAUUUUAAACAAAAACAAAUCUUUAGAAGGGGGAAACAUAAAAAGUUGCAAUAACCUUAAACAGGUUCUGUGUUGAAAACAAAAACCUGGCCCGUUUUAAAAGGGAUGUGAACAGCGAGUGGGUCAUAAGUGGGUUGCAUCUUGGAUGGAUUGUCAGUACAUUAGAAGACCAGCUGCCACAAACUCCGUCUUUGGUUAUCCAUUAACCUGACAGUCAUGGUUUUGGACUGUGAGGGUGAGGAAACACAUGCAAAUGCCAUACAGAAAAGCCUGGACAGUAGAUCUUCUUCCAUGGGGAGGCUGUGCAACCUCCCAGCUUAUGUAGUAUUCAAAAAAGAAAACAAAAUUUAUAAACCUUUGGUGUUUUUUACAUAUGCAUUUUAAUAAAUAAUUAACUUGUAUUAAA